AUGUCUGUGCGUCGCACCACGCUGUGCCUCACCACGCUAGAGGAGCAUCGUGGUGUGAUGCGCAAAGCCCGGACCACAUGCCCAUUAGUCAUAGGGAGCUCGACUCCAAUUGAGAGUGUGGAUAGUGAGCUGCGCUGCUCCAUCUGCCUGGGCACGUUCGUCUGCCCCUCCACGCUGAGCUGCGGACACUCGUUCUGCCUGCGGUACCUGGAGGCCACCUGGGAAACAGCGAGCAGCUUCAGCUGCCCGCAGUGCCGAGCGACCUUCGCUGUGCGACCCCAGCUGAGGAGGAACGUGGCCCUCGCCAACCUGGCGGAGCAGCUCAGAGUUGGAGACGGGAUGGCCGCGGUCGUCGUUUGUGAUAACUGCUGUGAUGGCCAAACUCCUGCAGUGAACACCUGCAUGAGAUGUGAGAUGUCCUUCUGUGCGACGCACGCGAGGCCUCACUUGGAGAAUCCCAGGCUGAGAGACCACGUCCUGGUGGCUCCCACCACGAACCUGGAGGAGCAACGCUGCCGGGAGCACAGACAGGAGCUCAUUCUUUACUGUGAACAGGACAAGAUCCCGGUCUGCACAGUCUGCCCCGUCGCAGGAGACCACUCCGGGCACAGAGUCAUCACAGUGGAAAAAGCGAAACAGACAAGACAGGAGGAGCUCAGAGUCAAGAAGGAGGGGAGAGAGGAGAAGAGGAACGUGGCGACGUCAUGGACACGGACGCUCAAGGACGACUACCGGCGAGUGGAGGAGUCUGUGCGUGGGAUCAAGGCGCGGAUCAGCCGAGAGUUUGAGCGUCGGAGGGAGCAGCUGAAGGAGGAGGAGAGGGAGGCGCUGGAGCACGUGGACGAGGAGGGCCGCUCCGUGCUGUCCCGCAUCCAGGCGGACAUCGCUCGCUACGAGAGCAGAGCACGCGACCUGGAGCAGGAGAUCAACCAGCUGCUCGUCGCCCUCGCCGUGCAGGACCCGCUCUCCUUCUUGCAGGAUCCCGUUAAUGAGAGUCCCAGAAUGAGCUCCGUCUCUCAGGAGACUCAGGAUGACCCAGCCCCUGUCUCCAGCCGCCUGAACCUCGCAAAAUUCAUCUCAGUGGGAGGCGUCCAAACGAAUUUCCUGGCUGCUGUGUAUGGACGCUCACCGACUCUGGACACAAACUCAGCCCACGACGACCUCCAGAUUUCCUCGGAUCUCAGGACGGCGACGCUGAGCGAUGUCCCCCAGGGUCGCCCCCAUCACCCACACCGCUUUGAUGUCUAUCCACAAGCGCUGUGCUCUGAGAGCUUCUCGUCGGGUCAGCACUACUGGGACGUGGACGUGGGGAGCGCGAGGUGGUAUCGGGUUGGAGUCGCGUGCGGGACGAUCCCACGGAGAGGGGGUGGUGCUGAGUGCCACCUGGGAGAGAGUGACGUCUCCUGGUGUCUAGAGAAACGUGGCGACAGCUUCUCAGUGCUGCAUGGCGGGGUAGCGACGUCACUGUCGGUGCCGCAGCCUCCGCGGAGAGUCGGGGUUCACCUGGACUGUGACGCGGGGCUGCUGUCGUUUUACAGCGCCGACUCGAUUGCGCCGUUGCACUCGUUUCACCAAACAUUCACUCAGCCCCUACACCCGGGGCUGGGGGUGUGGUGGGGGUUGUUCGGGGGUAAUGUUGGUGACUCAGUGAGGAUCGUGGAUCUGAGUGGUGCGUCCUGA